AAUUUUCCGACAUUCCUUCUUUCAAAACCUCAUCGGCUCCUCGGUUGGUUUUUCCAAUUUCAAUCACCGCCUGCCCGCAAAUUGGGGAGGUUAAUCCCGAGCCCAACAACUUGGGGAAAACUCAUGAAGUUGCUGGACAAGAUAAUGCAGAAGAAGAAGACGGCGGGGGAGGCCCAGCCUCAGCCCCAGCUUCAGCUCAGAUGGCACGAAGCAGGCCCCGUCCACUGGACCGAGACCUCAGAUUCCGUCUCUCGCCGCUUCCAAUUCGAGCCCGAUGGUCAACUCUCCGUGAAAUUGCUCGAUGACUCGAGGCCCGUUGCUCAUAGGGUGGUCGAUUCCUUUCUGAACAAGUUCUUUCCUUCAGGAUACCCCUACAGUGUGAACGAAGGUUAUUUGAGGUACACACAAUUCAGGGCUCUGCAACACCUCUCGAGUGCUGCUCUCUCCGUGUUAUCAACUCAGUCCCUUCUCUUUGCUGCAGGAUUGAGGCCUACCCCGGCUCAAGCGACUGUCGUGAGUUGGAUUCUAAAGGAUGGGAUGCAGCAUGUGGGAAAGCUUAUAUGCAGCAAUUUGGGUGCUAGAAUGGAUUCAGAGCCUAAGCGUUGGAGGAUUUUAGCUGAUGUGCUGUAUGAUUUUGGUACUGGCAUGGAAGUUCUUUCUCCCCUAUGUCCUAAUCUUUUCCUUGAGAUGGCCGGACUUGGUAACUUCGCGAAGGGAAUGGCAGUUGUGGCAGCAAGAGCAACGAGAUUACCAAUUUAUUCUUCGUUUGCUAAAGAAGGCAAUCUCAGUGACCUUUUCGCUAAAGGGGAGGCUAUCUCAACUCUUUUUAACGUUGUUGGCUUAGGUGUAGGCAUCCAGCUAGCAUCAACAAUAUGUUCGUCAAUGCAAGGAAAGAUGCUUGCAGGACCUCUCCUCUCUGCCAUUCACAUAUAUAGUGUCACUGAAGAGAUGCGAGCUACCCCAGUGAACUCAUUAAAUCCACAGAGAACUGCUAUGAUUGUAGCCGACUUUCUUAAGACGGGAAAAGUAUUGAGCCCAGCUGAUUUACGGUAUCGGGAAGAUCUCCUCUUUCCUGGGCGACUCAUAGAAGAAGCUGGGAACGUGAAAGUUGGAAGAGCCUUACAUGAUGUUUUUAGGCCUUCAAAGAUUAACGGGUGGAAGGAAAAACUUCCGGAGGAGAAGUUUCUUUUAAGUCGUGGCAGUAAAUGGAUCGACAUGGUCCUCGAGCACAAUGCAACUGGUGAAGAUGCGUUGAGGGGUUGGUUGGUUGCCGCGUAUGUUGGAUGUAUGGAGAAGUCUUCUCAUGAGAUGAGCACGCAAGUCUUGCAAGAUGCUUACUUGAAGAUGAGUGAUAUCUUUUCCCCGUUUUUAGCUGAAGUACAAGCCAAAGGAUGGCAUACUGAUCGAUUUCAUGAUGGAACAGGAAGUCGAUUUGCAUGGUAGUGUUAUUGUUAUUUUGAUGGUAUACAUCAUAUUCUUUUGCAUAAUUGCCGCGUCCUCUUUACUGUGCA